CUGUACGAAAGUUAAAGAGGUAUGCUGAGAAAUGCCUCUCGGCUGUUUACAGCAGCUCAGACUCACAAGAUCUCCACAAAUUGAAUUAGAAUCUGACUGAGCCCUCUCUUGCAAAACAUUAUGAGAUGUGCAAGUUUAUUCUGUAUGGAUAAGUAUCCUCUUUGUUCACUAGUGACAGGGAAACACAUUCAGUGCAGUUAAGUCUAGACAAUAAGACACUAUUUAUGAAAUAUAAAAACAGAGAAAAAAAAGAGGAGAUUUUGCAACUGUAAUGCUUGGGUUGAAUUGGUAAAAGAACCCUUCAAUAUGAUUCAAAAUAUGAUUUAUGAACUUGCCAAAUUUUCAAAAUCCCUAAGACCGAAAACAAGAGUUGAAAUCAGUAUGCUGGAGAAUGCUGGAGUGCUACUCGAUCAUUGCAUUCUCUCAGAUCCUCCAAUGAUAGAAACUGGCAGAGAAUAAUGAUGCCAGACAUACAGAGGGCUGAGCUUCCCUAAGAGCCAGACAUGUUAGUAUGACCACCAUGGAGCUGUCAGUCUGAAUAUCACUCAAGAAAAGAGUAGAAAUGAGGUGCACCAGUUUAAUCAAUUCCAAUAGAUUUACUUGGUGUGACUUACACACUGCCCAUUAAUUCAUUGGGCCUUUCAUCAGCGAUGCAAAAAUGCUCCUGCCCCUGGCACAGAGAGGCACUAACCAGCCCACACAAACACGCCAGCAGCAAAGAGUGCUUCACUCGUCUGCUGAGUAGACACAGACAGGAAAAGGGAGAGAACGAAAUAGAUGGAUGUAAGCAUGAGCAGUAGAGAGCGUGCAGUUUAAGUACAAGAGGAAGAUGGAAAGGAAGAGAAAGAGGGAGAGUAGUGACGGAAUAAAUUCAUAAAUAAUACUCCGUGGAGUUUAAGUGGAUCUUUCUCCAAGCUGGCUCUAUUACAUUUCAAACUGGCUGUGUACAUCAUGGCAUGCUGCUCUUGUCCUGUUCCGUGCCUCAGGAACUGCUUCUCAUUUUCAGCGAUAUCACCUGCUGAGCUUGAUGCCUUAUGGAAUGACCCUCCAUACACUUUAGCAGGUGUCAGUGAGCUCUUUCCACCCAAUGACAUCAUGACAGUUGAUGAGGAAGCGGAGGCUGAUGCAGAGGUGGAGGCAGAAAGCAGAAGCAAAGAGAGUUAUUGGAAAAAGAAGGAGGCAUUCAGUGGAAGUGGCACAAUAUCUUCAAUGGGGGAACAUUUUUCGCCAGAUAUAAUUUUGUUGUUUAGUGGGAAACGACGAUCCAGUGUAAAGCCUGACAGUGAGCUUCAGGAGGCAUUACGGACCAGACUCAGAGUAGUAGAGAGCAACAGCCAGGAUGUCGUCCAGCUCUUCAAGGAUCUGUCUGCACGGCUGGUGUCUGUUCAUGCUGAGAAAGACAGCUUUGUCAUCACCUUUAAGACAGUUGGGGAGAUCUGGAAGUUCUCCACUUACCUAACACUCGGAUAUGUGGCAAGAUGUCUUGAGAACUUUCUCUGUGACAAGUCAUUCUGGCUGGACCCUGCAUUGCUAAGUGAUGUGGAGAUCUGUGUAACAGUGGAUGAAGAUCACUUAGCUACUCUUUAUCUAGGACUUCUGCUACAGGAAGGUACAUUCUUUGCCAAGGCUUUAUACAACAGUGACUGCAGAGAGGAGGAAGAGGAGCUGACCUAUGAGAAGAAUAACCUGAUCAUGGUAAAAGACAUAGGACAGGAGGCCAUGUGGGAAGGUACGCUGCUGUCCACGGGCCAACAUGGUCUAGUGCCUGUCCAUGCUAUGCAGCCUCUGCCUUAUCCUUUCUAUCAGUGGUUUCUUAAGAAAUAUUCUGGAAAUGCAGGAGGGAUUCCAGUUACAGAAGGCCUCUUUAACCAUCCCAUUGUGGUGGGUACCUGUGUGGCAGUAGUGGACCAUUACCCGAUGGUUAAAGAUGAGCUGCACUUACACAAGGGAGACCUUAUAAAGAUUGAGGGGUUUCUUUUCAAUACUCUGAACGUGUUUAUAGGAAGACACCUCACCAGUGGAGAGACAGGAUUUGUUCACAGGGCCCAUGUUAAGCCAGAGAGAAUCAAACCUCUCAAUGGACAAUUGGUCUUUCUAAGUGAGGAGGAAAGGGAGGGCCUGUCUAAACUUAACCCCUGUAUUGAGCCCUGCCAGUCUGAUAUACUGGCCAAUCUCUGCUCCACUGACAUAAGCACUGUGUACAGAUUAGAUAGACUGGAUGACUCUGAUUUUGCGUUUAUUAAAAACCAUCCAAAAUCAGAGCAGAAAACCCCAGUGGAUCAAAGAAAGAGCACUAUAUCAGAAAAGAGUGACACACCUCCUUACCACUCGUCCCCACGGCCUUCAUUCCAUGCCUCUUGGAAUCAUCUGAAGUGGGAUUCCGAGGUCCUUUCCUUCAGCCUGGACGACACUUUCCAAGAGAUGGAUGAAUAUGAGGAAGAUCCUGCAAGCUUCAUGGAGGAGUGUAUCUGGGAGCCUGAUGAAGCAGAGAGGUGUGAUCCAAUCCUGACCCUUCUCAACCUGGAAUACUUCCAGGACUUCUUUCAGUCUCUUUACGACCUCUCUUACUCUUUCCUGGACACUGUCUUUGGUGGCCUUCCAGAAGACGAGGUGCUUCAUCAUCUGGAAACUUUGCGAGAAGGAGCUAAGAAAGGCAGGAUGCUUUGGGCCCAUCGGCGAGCCUGCUUCCUCCUAGGUAGGCUAUGUGCCAAGAAACUGAAGUACUCACAGGCACGAGUGUACUUCGAGGAGGCGUUAAAAAUUCCCGUAAAUGGUUUUGAUGACCAACCACUUCUGAUUUCCUUGUACACGAAUCUCACUGCUGUUUAUCUGAAACAGAAGAUGAUGGACAAGCUGCCAUUUACACUGGAAAAGGCCAGUGCUCUGAUUCUGUGUCUUCCAUGCCACAACUUCUGCUCUGCGGAUGAGUUCGAGUUGCUCAAACCCAUCAUGCGCAAAGCCAUAAUCGAAAAGGACAAGUACCUAGAGGCUCGGACUUGCUACCUCUCUCUCUCUCUCUUCCUCCGCCUACGGAAAAUAGAAGAUGCUUUGCCUUUUGUGGAGAGGCUUCAGUUCCUUACCAUCACUUUGUCUGCAGAAGCAGGGAGGCCUGUUGCUCCAGUGGAUCUCAACUGGAUGCUGUGCAGGCUUUAUCAUAAAAAGUAUUUGCCCUACCUCACACUAGCCUCUCUAAGCCUAGACUCAGGGCAAGACCAUUCCUUGGAUGAUGCAUUCCAGAAAAUUGAACUCUUUAUCAAAAACUCAGUCAGGCUUAAUCCUCACUGGAAGGAAAGUACUUUGGUUCUUCCUGCACAGGUGGUGGUCUACCUUCAGCAAGCCUUGUCAAUAGCUUGUCGUGGAGAAGAUCUGAAGACUCAGAGGGACCUUUGUAUGUGCCUGACUAGUGUUUACCAACAGCAUGGAGCUCUAGAGAAAGCUGUGCCCUUCGCCCAACAGGCAGCGCAGACAGGAGGUCGAAUCAAUGAGGAGGAGGGCUUUGAGGCAUCAGUACUACUGGCCUGGCUUUUGGUUUUAAUGGACAAACCUGAACAAGCUCAGUCCACUUUGCAUCCUUUGCUAAAAUCUUUGAAUGAAACAGACAGUCCAACACAGCGUGGUGUGGUCUACAACCUCCUAGCCAUAUGCCUCCGCAAACAAGACAGAGUUAAUGAGGCAGCAAGGAACUUUUAUUGCGCUCUGCAGAUCUCACGAGAAAAUGGAAACAAGCGUAACGAAGCACUAGGACUGGCUAACCUGGGUUGCUUGUCUCUAUCUGUUGGGGCUUCAGGCCUGGCAGAGUGUUUCCUGCUAAAUUCCCUCCACCUCUUCCAGUUUCUUUCAGAGAGUCCUACAGAUGAGGAGCAUGUCCAGGCUCUACUCUGGCUGGGCAGGAGCUACAAGGAUAGAGGAGGGAGUCAGCAGGUCAGGAUAUGCUUCGAACUGGGCCUCCUUAUUGCCAUUAGUACCAAAAAUCUGCACAGUCAAAUGGUUGUGGCAAAAAUUCUAAGUCAACAUUAUGCUGACUUGCUGCUUUAUGGACAGUGUAUUGUUUACUAUGAGCACUGUGUGGGGGUGUGCAGAACUCUGAAGAAUAAACAACUAGAAGGAGAGUACCUGGAGCUCCUCAGCAACCUCUAUCUCUCAUUCAACACUGAGAAGUCUUCAAGAAAGUCUCUUGAUUACUCAAAGCAAAGUUUAAGGAUCUCUAUAGAUCUGGGGAAAAGACAGGAAGAGUCUGAGACAUGGCUGCAGGUGGGCCGUAUCUACUAUCUGAUCUGUGAGGAUGAACUAGCUGACAUGUACCUUCAGGCAGCAGUGAAGACAGCCCUGAAGAUGAAUGACCCAUGCUUCACUAUGAGCAUUUAUGAGGAGGCAGGUGAUGUCUUUUUCAAAGGACACAGGAACCGACUGGCUGCCCUACCUUUUUACAGGGAUGGGAGUCUGCCGUUUGCACGCAGCAUUAAAGAUGUGCACUCAGAGUUCAGGUUGCUGAGUAAACUCACAGAGCUCCUGACGAAGCAGAAGCACUAUGAGGAGGCACUACAGUAUGCCACACUUGCAGUCCAGGUCAGCGCCACAACUGGUGUUCCUCUGAAUGAGAGAGUGGCCUUCCAUCGUCUUGCAUCGAUUUACUUCUCUCUAGGGAAGUAUGAGAUGUCUGAGAACUACUACCUGAAAUCUCUUUCACUCUGCCCCGUUGCACUUGAACAUGCUAUUGAAGUUCGCUACUAUGUCAAAGUCUACUGUAGAUUGGCCGAUCUGACACUAUACAAAUUAAAGGAUGCAUUCGAUGCCAUUGGCUAUUUCCACUUAGCCCUGGCGGCAGCCCUGGAGGACAAAGAAAGCCUAAGCACUGUGUACAUCAUCUACAUGAAGCUGGCGGAGAUCCAUGCCAACUACAUGCCUGAUGCAGAACUGUGUAAGAGCUACAUGAACAGUGCACAGAGUCUGAAGAGGGAGCUGGCUGGAUACACAGAAUCUACGGACACAGAUUCUACUGACAAAGAAGACACACAUCAGGAUCACGCUAAUGCAGACUGUGCUGAGGAAGAGUCUGUCAUUCACAGCAAAGCUGGCCUCUCAGACUUCAGCAGUGGCACUAGUACUCUUACAGAGUCCAGCAUAACAGACACCUGCCUCACAAUUACUGCCCAGAGAGAGUCAGAGCUCAUACUCUCUAACACAGGUCACAAAGAAGAAAUGGUCACAAGCUUUUCAGAGGAAACAGAAUCAGGGCCUGCUCAUCACACCAAUCCAGAGACUAUCUGCACUGAUAACACAAACCACACUGAUGGAAGUAGACUGAAGGAGGGCUUAACUUUUGUAAUAUAGGUGCAGCGAGUAUGGCUUGUAUGUGAUGUUAAAAAUAAACAAAACAUACAGUAGCCUAUACCACAAGUUGUGCAACAGCUCUUUAAAAAAGUGAAUUCAGAAUGCUUUUUGGCGGCUUCAGAAUGCUUUUACUCUUAAAAUGCACUUCUUUUAAUAAAGAGGUGCAAAAUAAUUUUUUUUUAUUUUAUCUAUUAAAUGUUUGAGAAUAUAUUUUCUUUUGUUUAAUAAUGUUUCAAUGUGAAUUUUCAUGAUUUUGUAUGAUUGUAAAUAUGUAUUUUUAUCUGUAUAUAUAUUUGUUCUCUGUUUAUCCUUUCUGAGCAAUCUAGAAACCUCUAAACAUAAUAAUAAUAAAAAAAAAAAGAUAAUAAUGAAAAAAUAUUAUUUAAUUUUUUAUAAUAAUUAUGAACUGUCAUUGGCAAAAUACUGGUCCAUGCCCAGAGCAGGUGCUUAAUUACCAUGCAAAUCAGUGUGUAAAUUUUAACAGCUCUUACUGAAUAAAUUCUAACCAUAAUUGAUCUUACUCCACUAUCAAUUAGGUAUGUGCUGUCAAUAAUAAAGUCAGCCUUAAUUGGCUCAUCAAAUGAGAACUUUAAAGGAAUAUUACAGGUUCAAUACAAGUUAAGCUCAGUCGACAGCAUUUGUGUCAUAAUGUUGAUUUCCACAAAAAUACAUUUCAACUCGUACCUCCUUUUCUUUAAAAAAAGCAAAAAUCGAUGUUACAGUGUGGCACUUACAGUGGAAGUGAAUGUGGUCAAUUUUGGAGGGUUUAAAGGCAGAAAUGUGAAGCUUAUAAUUUUAUCAAAGCACUUACAUUAAUUCUUCUGUUAAAAGUCAUGUAUUGUUAGAGCUGUAAAGUUGUUUAAAUUGUCAUUUUUACAGUCAUUUUAGGGUUUGUUGACAUCGUCACAGCAACAAAGUUGUGAAAUUGGAUAACUUUACACAGAAAAGGUUACUAAGUGAUUUUAUCACACUAAAAUCAUGUUUACCCACAUAUUGUUUACAUCUUGUAUCUAUACUUUUGAAAAAGUUCAUAUUUUAACUUCAAGUUGUAGUGUUGAUUUACAUUAGACCUGUUGUAUUAAUAUCAUCCUCCACUAGAGGGAAACAUUCGCCGUGGUGACUACUAGCUUGAA